UCCGUCCCGACUGUAUGUCUACUCAGGGUACAGCCUACCGCAACAUUUUCCAACUUGCAGCGUGUGAGAGAGUUAUCUGUAGCGGUCGGAGGUUUAAAGAAGAAGACAGCGAAUGAGUAUCCGGACACCCCAUCUACCUACCCAGCUGAGAUCCAGUCCGACAGACUCCUUGGCUGUCUGCUGACUCGGGCACAGAGUCCACCACGAUGGUGCUGUCCUCGCCACACUCCUCCAGGCUGAAGUAUCUAUCUCUGGGGGUGCUGGUGUUGCAGACCACCUCCCUGGUGCUCACCAUGCGCUACUCCCGCACCCUGAAGGAAGAUGGACCCCGCUACCUGGCCUCAUCCGCUGUGGUGUCGGCCGAGGUGCUCAAGAUCUUCGCCUGCACCCUCCUCGUCUUCAUUGAGAACAAUUUCAGUGUGCAACUUCUGAAGGAGGAGAUUGUGAACAAGCCCGUGGAGACCAUGAAGUUGGCUAUUCCUGCAGUGAUCUACACACUGCAGAACAAUCUGCUCUAUGUUGCCUUAUCCAACCUGGACGCAGCCACCUAUCAGGUCACGUACCAGUUAAAGAUCCUCACCACAGCUCUGUUUUCUGUCUCCAUGCUGGGGAAGAGGUUGGGCUUCUACCAGUGGCUCUCCCUGCUGUGCCUCAUGGCCGGAGUCACUCUAGUGCAGUGGCCAACAGAGUCUGAAGGUGACUCUGAGCAGAAGAUCUUGUCUGCAAGCUCUCAGUUUGUUGGACUGAUGGCUGUGCUGAUGGCCUGUGUGUCCAGUGGCUUUGCUGGAGUUUACUUUGAGAAAAUCCUCAAGGAGACUAAACAGAGUGUGUGGGUCCGUAACAUACAACUGGGUUUGUUUGGCUUUCUGUUUGGCUUUGUAGGAAUGAUAGUGUAUGAUGGCCAGAGGGUCAGACAGUCGGGAAUGUUUCAGGGCUACAACACCAUCACCUGCACAGUUGUUGGCUUACAGGCUCUGGGCGGCUUGGUCAUAGCAGUAGUCAUUAAAUAUGCAGACAACAUCCUCAAAGGAUUCGCUACCUCUCUGUCCAUCAUCGUGUCCACACUCAUUUCAUAUUACCUGUUGGAGGACUUUAACCCUACAGGUGUAUUCUUCCUAGGGGCAGUGCUGGUUAUUGCUGCCACAUUUCUCUACAGCAAUGAGCACAAACCUGCCAGUAGCAGCGCCAUCAAAAUAUAAACAGAGACCUCUGUGAAUCGGGUUCCCUGACAGAAGUGAUGACAGGCAAUCAACAUAGACCGAGCAAGACUCUAUGAACUUUGGCAGUGAGUUUGGCAUGCGGAAAUUAGAAAUGCGGGAAAUUUGGAUGUGAUUUAAUCUGUUACUGCCAAACAACAACAACAGCUGAAGGCUGUUGAGGCUGAAUGUUCACCAUUACUCCUCUGGAGAAAUGCUGCUUUGUACAAAAGAUGGGGGUCAAUAAUAUGAAAUACGUUUACUUUGUAUUUUUUAAGGUGUUUUUAUAAAGUACAUGAGUACAGUGGAGCUAACUUUCUACAUCAACAGACAUUGCUGACUGAAUUAUCCCAUUAAAACGUACUGUGAGUGCAAUUUACAGGGACAAGGGGGAGACAAAAUAUUUUAAAACAGUUUAAUAUACUGUAUGACUGUGUUUAUUUAUGUAAGAUAUGCAGAAAGGGGUGUACUUACAAUACAAAAAAAGCAUUUAUGGUGUGACAGUGCCUGCCUCAAAGAGAGCAAAAUCCUCGAGCUUCCAUCUAGUGGUGGAAUGAGGUGCAAACUUGCCGCAGAGAGGAGGUGUUAUCUUUGGUCAAAGUGCUGAAUGUCAUUUUUUUUAUAUGAGAUCAGAUAAGAUGGGAAUAACUGCUUUGACCUUGCUGCUCACAGUCUAAGUAUUUAUAUCAAAAGCACU